AUGAUCAUCACAGGAGUAAAGAUGGCUUCAUCAGAGGAAGAAUGGAACGAUCCAUUUGCUGCUUUGAACGAACCUUUUGCUGGGUUGAAUGAGAUGGACUUUGAACUACAUGGUAUUUACAUGGACCAUGAACCAGAGCAUGAGUUCGUGAGCACACUAGAUAAGUGUAAGGAUAAUUUCUUGAAUGUAUUACUUAAUGAUGCUAAUCUUCGUAAUGCAAGUAUGUCUGAUGAAAUGAGAGCACGAGUAUAUCAUGAAAAUGACUGGGAAAGUGAUAAAGAUGAUGAGGAAGAAGUACAACCUAAGUAUAGGGUUCAUGAUCCCAACAUCAAACGGGACAAUAUGGAACCAAAGCUUGGCGAUAUAUUUGAAUCCGCUGAGCAACUUAAAUUUUGUGUUGCAAACUAUGUUGUGUCCCAUGGGUAUCAAAUAUAUUUCGCCAAGUGUGAUAGUGUUAGAAUUGUUGCAAAAUGUGGGAAAAGAAAUGAAGAUAACCAAUGCCCUUUCAGAUUGCAUGCUGCUUGGAUGUACAAGGAAAGCCAAGGUUUAGUGUUUGAAUCUAGGUUCAAUUAUGAAAGUUUCAAGGUAUACUUGGAGGCCAGGACUUGCACAUGCAGGCUUUGGAAUCUUUCUGGAAUCCCUUUUGUUCAUGCAAAUGCUGCCAUUAACUAUAUCCAUAAGACAGCUGAUGGAUAUAUUAAUGAAUGCUUCUCAAAAAAUAGGUUUAUUGAAUGUUACCAAAGUAACAUAAUGCCUGUUAAUGGGAGCAAUUUAUGGGAGCAAACUCCCUUCCAAAAGCCUUUGCCACCAAUAGCUAGAAGAAUGCCAGGAAGACCUGCCACCAAAAGGAGAAGGCAUUCAAGUGAAAAAGAGACCAAGUUUGCUACUGCAAGAGUUAAAGUGCUACACAAACAAAGCUGCACAAGUGAAACAAAGCCAAGAGUUCCACAUGCACCCAAAAAAAUUGGUAGUCCAAGAAAAAAUCAAGAGGAACAUGAAAGUGCAACAACUAAAACUCCAAUCAAUCAAAAUGUGGAUCCCAAUCAAGCAUCUGGUUCUAGGAGAAAGACUAGAAGGAGGAGUACAGAAACCAGUAAUGAGCCAAAUCAACCAACUGCUCAAAGGAGAAAAAUAAAUAAUAGAAGGGGUGGAGGUAGAGCUGGAGGUAAAGGGAAAAAACAUGUGGAUGAGGGACAAGUUCAGAUUGAGGGACAAAAACUUGUUGGUGAAGGGAAAAACCAGGAUGAAGGGCAAAACCAGCAAAAUGGACAACAAGAGGUUGAUGAGGGUAUGGAUGGUAUAAAUGAAAUUCUUAGAGACAUUCAAGAGGAAGAACCUGAGUUUCUUGAAGGUAAUGCAGAUGAUGUUAUACCUGAGAAAAUCCAACUGAAUGAAGAAGAUGUAGCCAUGCUACUAGAGUCAGGAUAUAGCAUUGGUGAAAUUGAAGGGAGUAAAGGGAUAGCAAUGCCAUUAGAUGACAUGGCACCUGUUGAACUGGAAUUACAAGAUCAAGAAGGGCAUCCAGAUGAUGUUGAGGUGUUUGCUGAUGAUGAAGUUGAUGAUGUACAAGUGGAUGAGGUAGUGGAUGAUGUACAAGUUGAUGAUGUUGAGGUAGUUAAUGAUGUACAAGUGGAUGAGGUAGUGGAUGAUGUACAAGUUGAUGAUGUUGAGGUGUUUGCUGAUGAUGAGGGAGUGGAUGAGGUACAAGUGGAAGCAGGGAUUGAAUCUGCUGUUGAGGGUGUGGAUGAUAUAGUCAAUAACUUGCCAAACCUGUCUACCAAACCUGUGCAUAGGAAAAGGAAACCUUCUGAGAGGAUAUUGAAGCUAAAGUUGAAGAAGACUAUGUAUGACAAAUAUGGUAGUGGUUCCAGUACUACCAAACCUUUCAAGUUGGAUUAG